CGGCCCCACUCGGCGCCCGGCGGCCGCGGAGAAACUUUGAGUUGGUAGGUAGCGCCGGUGGCUUCGCCUCGGUGAGCGGCCGGAGUGAGGGCCGUGGGCAGGACGGCGCGAGCUGCUGUCUCCCUCCCGGUACCCGCGGCCUUCCGGGGUGGUAGUGGAGUGCUGCUGCUGCUGCCGCUGCCCGGACACCCUCCGGCCUCUCGGGCAGCGCCCCUGCCCGGCCGCAGUGGAUGUGAGGCGGCUCCUCCUGCAGCACUGCUCCCGAACUUUGCGAGGAAGAGCUGUAAUCAAAGUUAAGGAUUAGAGUGUGGGCGCAGAGAAACUUGAGGUCCUUUGUAGGAGGCACUGUUGAGACAGCAGUGUGAAGUGCCUGCGCCUGAGCGAAAAUGAGCUCAAAUUCUGAUCUUCCAUCAAGUCCCUCUCAACCACAACUGCAUCUUGGAAGGUCCCAGCUGAAUGCUGCUGCUGUGGACCGUAGUGAGAGCAGUCAUAAAUCUGGACCACCCUCAGAAGAUGCUGCAACUCCUUCUUCUUCAGUUCCAGGCUACUCCCAUAGCAGGGAGAAAGCUGAAAAAAAUGAGACCAUGAAGGAAGAACCUGAAGUGCUCUUUGAGGAACUGUUGGAGAGGGCCAAAGCCGGAGAACCAAAAGCACAAACAGAGGUGGGGAAACACUUCUUGAGAUUAGCAGAAGAGGAGGAUGAAGAACUUAACAACUGCAGUGCGGUUGAUUGGUUCAUCCUUGCUGCUAAGCAAGGUCGAAGAGAAGCUGUUAAACUGCUGCGUAGAUGCCUAGCAGACAGAAGAGGCAUCACUUCUGAGAAUGAGCAAGAAGUGAAAAAACUAUCAUCUGAGACUGACUUGGAGAGAGCUGUGAGAAAAGCUGCCUUAGUCAUGUAUUGGAAAUUAAACCCAAAAAAGAAGAAGCAAUUAGCAGUUUCUGAACUACUGGAAAAUGUUGGGCAAGUUGAUAAUGAAGAUGGUGAGAAGCAACCUGGUCCAGUCCCAAAGUCAGUGCAGAAGCAGAGGAGAAUGCUGGAGCGUUUAGUGAGCUCUGAAUCUAAAAAAUUUAUUGCUUUGGAUGACUUUGUGGAGAUUACCAAGAAGUAUGCAAAGGGAAUCAUCCCAUCUAACCUGAUUAUGCAGGAGGAGGAAGAUGAUGAAUUGGCAGGGAAGACUCCUGAAGAGUUGCCUCUGAGACUGAAGGUUGUAAAAUACCCACUUCAUGCCAUAAUGGAAAUUAAAGAAUAUCUCAUAGAUAUUGCAUCAAAGGCAGGAAUGCAUUGGCUGUCUACCAUUAUUCCGACACAUCACAUCAAUGCUCUCAUCUUCUUCUUCAUCAUCAGUAAUCUGACAAUUGAUUUUUUUGCCUUCAUUAUUCCGUUAGUUAUAUUCUAUUUGUCCUUCAUUUCUAUGGUGAUUUGCACACUAAAAGUUUUUCAGGACAGUAAGGCCUGGGAAAACUUCCGCACUUUGACUGACUUACUGCUUCGCUUUGAACCAAACCUAGAUGUUGAGCAAGCUGAGGUGAACUUUGGGUGGAAUCACUUAGAGCCCUACAUUUAUUUUUUACUCUCAGUAUUCUUUGUGAUUUUUUCCUUCCCUAUAGCAAGCAAGGACUGUAUACCAUGCUCAGAGUUAGCUAUUGUCUCAGUUUUCUUCACAGUGACAAGUUACAUGAGUUUAAGCACGUGUGCAGAGCCAUACACACGAAGAGCUCUAAUGACUGAGAUAGCAGCAGGUUGCUUAUCCCUGUUGCAGAUAUUACCUGGGAAUUUUGGCUUCUUGAAAUUCUUAGGUAAAACCUUCUUUACUGUUCCCGUAGGCCAUCUUUUUGUGAUCAAUGUAAGCAUCCCGUGCCUUUUGUUUUUGUAUUUGUUCUAUCUUUUCUUUAGAAUGGCACAACUGCGAAAUUUUAAAGGCACCUACUGUUACGUGGUCCCAUAUCUGGUCUGCUUCAUGUGGUGUGAACUCUCCGUGGUCAUUCUGCGGGAGUCCUCUGGCAUUGGUCUGGUCCGUGCAUCAAUUGGGUACUUCCUGUUUCUCUUUGCACUCCCAGUGCUAGGUGUAGGCAUUGCGCUGAUGUGUCUGGUCCAUUUCAUUAAGUGGUUCGUGUCUCUGGAGCUCAUGAAAAUUGUAGUGACUCUAGUUUUGUGUGCUGUUCCUUUGCUCUUCCGAUGGUGGACAAAAGUCAACUUCUCUGUAGUAGAUAUGGUUAAAUCCCUCACACGAAGCUCAAUUGUGAAACUCAUUUUGGUGUGGAUUACAGCCGUGGUGUUGUUCUGUUGGUUCUAUGUGUAUCGAUCAGAAGGAAUGAAAGUUUACAACUCCACCUUGACAUGGAAUCAGUAUGCCUUCCUCUGUGGACCCCGAUCGUGGAAGGAGACCAAUAUGGCACGUACUCAGAUUUUAUGUAGUCACCUGGAAGGACACAGAGUGACUUGGACUGGGCGGUUCAAAUACGUGCGUGUGACAGAAAUUGACAAUAGUGCAGAAUCUGCAAUAAACAUGCUUCCACUGUUUAUUGGCGAUUGGAUGAGGUGCUUGUAUGGUGAAACCUACCCUCUUUGUGACCCCAAAAAUGUCACUAUGGAGGAGGAAGAGUUGUGCCGUCUCAAGUACUUGACAAAGCAUAAGUGCCACAUGAAAAUGUUUGAUCGGUACAAAUUUGAAAUAACUGUGGGUAUGCCUUUCAGUAGCAAAAAUGGAACCAAGUUGAUGGAGGAAGAUGAUAUAACCAAAGAUAUUGUGCUGAAAGCAAGCAGUGAGUUUAAGAAAGUGUUGUUGAAUUUGAGGCAGGGAAGUAUAAUUGAAUUCAGCACAAUUCUGGAAGGUCGUCUUGGCAGUAAAUGGCCUGUCUUUGAACUGAAAGCAAUCACUUGCUUGAAUUGCAUGUCUAAACUCCUACCUGCAGGGAGGCAUGUGAAAAUAGAGCAUGACUGGAGGAGCACAGUGCAUAAAGCCAUUAAAUUUGUUUUUGAUUUUUUCUUCUUUCCAUUCCUGUCAGCUGCAUAAUGAGCUCAUUGUGGUCCAGUGGCAUCCUCGAUGUACACUGCAUUUACACUACCAAAGGUUUGGCUUCUUAAAAAGAAAAAUAAACACAAAACCACCCUGCUGUAGCAAUGCUUAAAACGUAUGCUAACAUAGAGCAUUGGUUGAGUUUUGUAAGUGUAAACACUGUAUCUCAACUUUAAGCCCAAUAUGACUGAAGUGUUAUAUACUGGUUUCAUGUUAUAAAAGAAUGCAGGGCAUUGCUGCUGACUAAUUGCAUGGAGACCAUUCUGUCCCAAGUGAACAUGUUGUUUGCCUGUGAUAGGACACUAGGUGGAUUCUCUUGCUCUGUGUUAAAGCACUUUACUCUUUAAAUAUUCACAACAUGCUCCUAUGUAUUUUCACAGGUAUGAUUUAUAGUAGGUAGUUGAUAAUAGCUUAUGUUGCACAUAUUGCUUGUAUUUAUUUGGUGUAUUGUAGAAAAAGGUGAUCCUAUAAUCCGUUCCUGGUGGUGAUAUCUGUGUAAAAAACGUAUUGCUUCAGUUCUUGUCCAGAAAUCGGUGAUUUCAAUCUUUUUUUGGAAGGGUACACCAUUUCACACCCCAGCAAGGUAGUAAAAUGCUCUCAAGCUUUCAUUUUGCAUUAAAUAUUCUUUACAAAACAAGCUGUUUGUUCUAAUGGCUGUGAUAGCUACAUUCUGACACUAAGGUAUAAUCCAUGCUGGUGCGUGAAUGACAAACACCGUAUGGUAGGACUGGUAUUGUACUGGUACCAGUAACAGACAAGCCAAAGCAACUGAACAUGGUAUGUAGAAGUCUGCGUUGGAAACUGAAAUAGAAUGGCUGUUGAAUAAUUUCUAUUGUGCAAAUAAAGAUAAAAUACAAGCUUGA